UGUUCUGUAAAACCAUCGGCGGGCCUGGCGACCGGGGAGACAGGUUUAGUACUAUAUCAAAAAAAAUAAUAAUAGGCAUGUAUUGUUGUUACUUGCUAAGUUGCUAUUGAGCAAUACCAAUUGUGUUUAUUGUUAAAUAUAAAAUCGUAACACUAAUAAAUCAAUAUAGCGGCAGCACAGAAUAUAAGGUGCAUUUAUUGUUUGUUUCUUAAUGAAACAACUCAGACUGGCGAAACACAAGGAUUUAUCUGUUCCUUAUUGGAUAUGUCCUUUGCUCGAGUCACCAGGAGGCUGAAGAGCAACAGUCACAAAUCUGUUGUGUCUGGGAGCUUUACCACCCAUAGUGAGAGUGCACAAGGAGAUGAACAUGAGAAAGUGGUUAAAAAUCUGAACACUGAACUGCUUGAGGCCGCUGCACCAACAACACACAUUCUCAGGGAUGAGUCACAGCUUUAUACAGUUUCAGAGCAACUGGGACAGAAUGGAACUGUUCUGUCACAGGUGGUCACUUCUAAAAGGAGUAAAAGAUGGCCGUCAAGAGUCUUCUCGAUGUUGUGCUGUCUGGUGAUUGUUUGCUUUCUCGCAUUCCUGCUUGCCUUCCUCUAUCUCAUUGUGCAAGAUACACAAGCUACAAAAGAAUUCAAUGAAGAUGACGUUAAAACAAGUAUUUUUGGGUUUUGGAGUCUUCUAGUACUGUCCCUUAUUGCAGGACUCUCAUGUUGCAGCUUUUCUUGGACAGUGACUUAUUUUGACUCUUUUGAACCUGGGAUGUUUCCUCCAACACCGCUCUCCCCUGCACGCUUCAGGAAAAUGACUGGACAUUCUUUCCACAUGGGCUACACCAUGGCAAUACUUAAUGGUGUUGUGGCGGCUCUUACAGUAGUCUGGUGUUUGAUUUGAAUCUUCAUACCUUUCAUCACGGAUAAGGAUUUCUGUACAGUAACCACAAACAUGUUGCUUAAACAAAGUUCUAUGGAAUACGAUCUGUAUAGGACAAAAUAUUUUUUUUGAGGGGGGUCAAUUGAAAAUAUUUUCUAAUGCAUCUAAUGUACAUUUUCUGUUAGUAGUUCUUUUAGAAUGCCUGUUGUAUUUUUGCUUUCAUUAUUAACACAAAUCUGUGCCUACAUCUUAUAAUAACUGCUGCAUUUGGUUAUCAUUCAUUCAUAUUAAUUUGUGUUUAAAAGUUACUUGUUAGCAGUACUGCAUAUUAAAAUGACAUUUAGCUUUUCAGAGAUGUACUUUGCAUAUCAAAUAUUCAUAUGCAUCAUUGUAAUUAGUUUUUAUGUUUAAAAAAAUCUUAGUCUGUAGUAACAAUUUGUACAUAAGGGAAGAUAUUUUAAUCUCCAUUUUUUUAUAUAUAAAAUGUAUAAAUGUUUGUUUAAUAUAUUGCUGCCCCUUGUUACAUUGUCUGUAUUUUAACAGGCAAUAUAUUACUUUGUAGGGCAGCUUCUAAACUAAAUGGUUAAAUAUGACCUUUGUUAAUGUUGCUGCUUUUCAUUUCAUGUUUAGAAUAUACUUUGAUAUUUGCUUUGUCCAUACACAUCUUUCUGCAAAAAAUGUGCAUAUAUUUCAAUAAUCACUAAAGCAAGGUUAACAUUUACUAGAAACCCUUUUCCUAUUCUAUAUAUUGCUAAAAUAUUUAUAAUCAUAUUUUAAAUGCACUAAUAAAUUGUGCUAGAAUGUAAAUUUAUUCCA